AUGGCUCCCAAAUCAUGCUUUGGUUCGGCGAUUAUCAUCCCUUUUUGGUUCACCGGUCAGAAAUGCCGCGAUCCCACCAUUCGACUCAGGGUCAUUUCGCUUCUUCGGACAUACCCAAGAAGAGAGGGGGUUUGGGACAGCGUUUUCGCUGGUCUGGUCAUCGAUUGUCUCCGGAGAAUCGAGGAGGAAAAUAUGAAGAAUGGAUACAUUCCAGGUUGGGCUAGAAUCAGCAGUCCGAACUUCGGCAUCGAUGCGGAGAAGCGCACUGUGGAACUCAGACGCCUACAGCGCAUAUCGGCCACCUCCUGGGAUGUUACGACUCGACGGCAUACUUUUUUCUGCUAUAUUCACACCAGCGUCGCCUUGGAACAAUUAGGUCCUGCCAUUGCGCAGUGGGAAACCAUAUUAUAA